GGUAAACAGGUCUGGAUUAUGAUCCAUUCAUACAACAGAUAAAGUCAUACAUUUUCUCUGCAUUGUGUGAAGACGUUGUUGUCCUGAGAAGAAUUCGACAGUAAUCGUUGACUUUAUGAAGCCAGAAUUUAUACCCACAGAAUAUAUAAUGGCAGCAUGCAAACCAGCAAAAUGUAUGCUAACAGAAUACCCACAGAAUACAUACCGACUUCAUGUAGGCCUAUACCGACUAAAUGUAUACUAACACUUACUAACAGAAUGUGUACUACAGAAUAUAUACCAACAUCAGGGUAUACCAACAAAAUGUAUACUAACAGAAUGUGUACCCACAGAAUAAGUAUUAACAAAAUUUAUACUAACAGAAUGUGUAGCCACAGAUUAAGUACCAACAAAAUGUAUACUAACAGAAUUUGUACCCACAGGAUGCAUACCGGCUAAAUGUAUACUAACAGAAUGUGUACCCACAGGAUGCAUACCAGCUAAAUGUAUACCAACAGGAUGUGUACCGGCAGAAUGUAUAUACUUACAGAAUGUGAACUAUUGGGAAAGUAUAUGGACAGGAGUAUACUGACACAAAUAUUAACCAACAAAAUG